CAGUCAAUACAAAUGACAUUCACUUUGAAUGCAAUCAAUGCCUCAAUUUAUUCAAUUUAUUGAUCAUUAAUUGUAUUGUUUUUUGAAUACAUUUAGUGUUUAUUUGUUGUGAAAAAUGUGUGAAAUGUUUGCAAAAGUAGUGAUGAGUUGAUUGUCAGCCAAAAGUGAACACAAAAUAUAAUGUCAAACAUAUUAUCGUUGAAUUCAACGGCAAAUACGACCACAAAAGCCGUUAUCAUUGGCACCGGUCUUACGGUUUCCCUAUUCUUCCUCUACAAGAGUUAUCGAUACUAUGAGUGGAAAUCAAAGACACGAUUAGUGGCGAAGAAGACUCGAUCGGCGGAGACACAGACCGACGGAUGCGUUGAGUCGACACUACAGGUGCUGAAAGUGAACGGCACGAGUAGUCCGACGGCCCGACACGCGGUGACUGUGUGCCGGUCGGCCACUAUUGGCGGUACGGCCGCCGGCCCUAUGGGUGAUGUGCCGCCCACUCAACGCCAGAGGACGCACUCCUUCCGGAACAGUUUGUCGCGAACUUUCGACGACGCCGUCCCGCAAAUGGCCAUUAAAAACGGGGAUUUGGACGACUAUUACGACGAACGGUCGUCAAUCAUAUCGUACGCCACGACCGCAUCCAUGGCUUACUGGGAGUGCGAAGAGAACCUCCACUUCUUCACCCUCUAUGUGGACGCCGUGCAAGACUUGGACUCAAUAGCGAGUCCACGAGUGGACCGAUCCGUUCAGAUGUGUUGCAAAGAUUACAACGAUUUCAAAGCGAAAGUCCAUUGCAUUCGUCGGGCUUUUGAUCACAUAUUCAUCACUUCCGACGACAAUCGCAAGUCUUUCCAAACUAUGGGACAAAAUAUCCUCGAAAUACUCCUCAAUCACUCGCUUCGGGACCCGACGGAAUGUAUUUCAUCGUACUAUUCAUUGAUAGACUUCUUGUGCGACACAUCCAAUCACGAGGGGAUCCGCGAAGAGAUCGCUGUGCGACACAUACCGGCCCUCACUUUCUAUGACCUCGUCUUAGACUAUAUAAUACUGGAUUCGUUCGACGACGUGGAGAACCCGCCGUCGGCCGUCUCCUCAGUGGCCAGCAAUCGAUGGCUGUCCGCAGGCUUUCGAGAGUUGGCGCUCCAGACGGCGGUGUCGGCUGUGAUGCGGAGGAAGCGGUCAAAACUGCCCGUUUCUGACGGAUUCUUCGCGCACUUCUACUCAAUCCUGGAUCACGUCUCUCCAGUGCUCGCCUGGGGUUUCCUCGGCUCCGACCAGGACUUGAAGUUCAAGUGCUUUCUCGUCAAAGAGUCGCUGCAGUCAGUGAUUAGGGAUUACUUUUGCUUCGAUCGCUGCCGUUAUACUAAUAUCAACGACUUGUGCGAAGACAUCCUCCGCACCACUCGCGAGAGAUAUUGGGAAUUGGAUAACAAGUUGACAGUAAUGGACACUUAAUGGACACUUUGAUCUUAUAUACAAUUAGGCACUCAAUUAUUGUAAUUGUUAUUAUAUUUGUAUUUAUAUUUAUUUAAAUUAAUUUUUAAUUUAACGC